CCUCCACUUCCGGAGAUAACAGUUCGAGCCGCCCCCGCAGUCGCUGGCCAGACCAUCGGUCCGCAGCCCCCUCCCAGCUCAGAAACCUUUCACUCUGCCCAGAGACCCCUCCCCAGGUCCCCAUGUCUAACCGACCUGCCGCCGAGCCCCAUUUCCCAAGCUCAAGCCUACUCAAGUUACUCACGGAACCCACAGUGGCCCCCGUUACGCCCUACCUCCGGUCCCCAAAACCUUCCAGACAUACCCAUCGCAAAUCCCUCGUGCUGCGGGAUUCGCCCAGCAACUGCGACAGUCCCAGGCGCCCAAGCCCCUGAGGGCGGGGCUGGGGGUGGCCAGGAGCUGGGGGUCGCUAGCUCGUUUGAUCCCACCACCUCCAGGAAACCCACUUGACUCCGACUCCAGGGCCCUGAGAGUAAAGGGCUGGUGCUGGGGGGAUCGGACCUCAGCCACACCCCCACACACUGCUCCUAGUGCUAUCGAAACUAGACCCCAAAUUGGAGUUGAUCACAUUGGGGAAAGCGACAAGAAAGGGGGCCUCCCGGGGCGCCUCAAGAGAGGGCUAGCUUUUGAAAUGAUCAGUGUCCGGCCCAACCCCGCCCCCUGCAACAGUUGCAACCUGACCCCUUCCCCAUUGCUAGAGUUUCUGACGUGUCGGAAAAUAUCCCCCCUCCCCAGACUCCGGAGGGGGGGAUCCCGGGUAUGAAAUGGGGCUGAAGACCCCGGGGUGAGGAACAGGGAACACCAGAGAGCAUCCUGCUGCUGCCGUGAACCACAAGAAUGACCAUGGACCUAAGCUGGUUUUGCUGUGAUGACCUGGCGCUGCAGGAAGUGCCCCUGGGAUCGGGCAUGGAGCACCCAAGCCUAGCCUCAGGCGAACCAGAUUUUUACAAUUCAAAGACUUCUGCCCCCUCAGACCCCAGAGACUUGCACUCUAGGACCACUGGGAAUGGAUGGAAAGAUUCAGCACCAAUUUCACACCUUCCCGGGCUCCCAACUAACGAAUGCGGCUCCGAUUUCCUGUUGCCUGAAUUUCCGUGGGGGACUGACUUCCCUUCCUUGAACCUCCAGUGGUCUGGCGACUGGACGGACCCCGCGUGGCUCACCCCAGUCUCCCAGCCCUACGGUCCUACCCGCUUCACGUACCCUGAAAGGGCGGGGAUCGCGGAUCUUACCACUAGCCAGGCCAGCUUCACCUCGUGGGCCACCCCCUCUGUCCCAAGCGGUCCUACCCACUGGGAUUGUCCCACUGGCCCAUGCUGGGAGGGCGGGAGCGCUGCUGCCAUGGAAUAUCCCACCUCCUGGGAGCUAAACCAGCCUUCAGAAUGCACAGCUCCCUCAAGCGAGUGCCCCGUCACAUCGAAUUCAACGCCACGCUCGGACCGGGCCAACGCCACCAGAGGCCCCAGGACUGGACACCGUGGUCCCAUUCAGCUAUGGCAAUUCCUGCUGGAACUUCUCCGGGACCGAGCGGGCGAAGGCUGCAUCCGUUGGACUGGGAAUAGCCGCGAGUUCCAGCUGUGCGACCCAAAGGAGGUGGCCCGUCUGUGGGGGGAGCGUAAAAAGAAGCCUGGGAUGAACUAUGAGAAACUGAGCCGGGGGCUGCGUUACUAUUACCGCCGGGACAUCGUGCACAAGAGCGGCGGCCGAAAGUACACUUACAGAUUUGGAGGCCGAGUUCCCGACCUGCCCUGACCCGUGACACGACCGGGAAGAACCAUAUGGAGGGGGGAGGGGGGAUUGGGGGUACACGCGGGAGGAAUAAAGCCUCGGACUCCUC